AGCAAUCGAUAUACGGUUACAUUCGAGUCACGGGCGCAGUACAUCAACACACACGGCCUUGGAGUGCAUGGCGUCGCGCGAGCUGCUCGGUACACUCGCGUAGGGCUUAUCUUAGCGCGCCUUGCCGAUAUGCCUCACUUGAUCACUGACCGCCGCCGCCACCGCAGGCGCUGCCGGCAUCGUCGCACAUAGCGCGGACUGUAUUGUUUACAUACGAGCGAAAUGCCGGCUAUUUAAAUAACAACGUGAACAAACACUUCUUAUUCAAAUCUAAGCGGUAAAGUGAACGUGAUUAAAAAUGUGGUUAUUCGGUUGGUUAUUGGUGAUUUUGUUGUUCCUCGUCUUAUUAUUGACUGUUUUUCAUUACACUUCCAAAGGCAGAAAAUAUUGGUAUUUCAAAAAUGUUGCCUACAGGGAGCCCUGCCCCUUAUUCGGAAACUUUGGAGCUACAUUUACAAUGAGAAAAAGUUACACAAAAAUGUUACAGUUCUUCUAUGAUAACUACAGAGACCAGAAAUAUGUUGGACUUUUUCAAGCUCGGAGACCAACCCUAAUGGUGAUUGACCUGGAUAUUGCGAAAACUAUAUUCUCGAAAGAGUUCCAGUGCUUCAGUGACCGCGUGUCCGUGUCUACUGAUACGCAGCGUGAGCCGCUCCUGCGUAACUUGGCGAAUAUGGGAGGCGCAGAGUGGAAGGCCAUGCGCCACAUAGUUACUCCCACCUUCUCAUCAGCUAAGAUGAAAGCUAUGUUUCCCUUGGUAGCCGAAUGUGCACAAACACUAAAAGUUAUUCUGCUGAAAGAAUGCGUGGACGAUAUAAAUGUGCCUAGUAUGAUGACCAGGUUUACCACAGAUGUUAUAGGAAGCUGUGCAUUUGGAGUGGACCCAGGAGCGCUAAAAGAUUCCGAAUCACCAUUUCUGCAGAUGUCACAAAAAAUGUUUAAGAUUGAUCGCUCUACAUUAUUAAAACGGUAUUGUCGGACAUUCUUUCCCAGGCUGUUCAAAUUAUUGAAUUUAAGAUCUUAUUCUUCUGAUGUGGAGGCAUUUUUUACUUCUAUAAUCAACCAAGUUUUGGCAGAGAGAAGGUCCGGUGUUCAAAGACAUGAUUUCCUCCAACUUAUGUUGAACGAGCAGAAAACUGACUCCGGCUUCUUAAUGACAGACGCUUUAAUCACCUCGAAUUCAUUCAUAUUUAUGUUAGCGGGACUGGAGACAUCGGCAACUACUUUGUCAUUCUCUUUGUACGAAUUAGCAAAGGACAAAGAUAUUCAAGAUAGUGUAAGAAGAGAGAUUAUAGAGUGUCAAGAAACACACGGGGGCCUUAACUAUGAUGCUGUGGUUGCAAUGCGUUUGGUGUACCAGGUAGUGGCGGAGACGUUGCGGCUGCACCCGCCCACACCUAUGACGACGAGGCUCUGCACUUCUCCCUACAAACUCGACGGAGAGCUUUCCUUAAAAGUCAGAGAUCCUGUUCUAAUACCCAUCCAUUGCAUUCAACGAGACCCAUUGUAUUUUCCUAAUCCAGACAAGUUCGACCCGAGCCGAUUUAAUGAUGAUUUAAAUCCACCGGGCUUUAUGGCUUAUGGUGAAGGACCGAGGAGUUGCCCCGGUGCGAGAUUCGCCCAGCUGACUGUAGCGGCCGGACUAUCAGUGAUCCUAUCCACUUUCUCGGUGGAACCCUGCGAGAAAACCACUCCAACUAUCCAGUACGACCCAAGAAGUGUGAUGCUGAAGAACAAAGGAGGAAUAUGGUUGAAGUUCGUGCCUAUCACUAACAUAGAUAAAUAGAUUAGACCCUUCCUAAUUGAUGUUAUGUACCGAGAAGUGCUAACCGACACAUAGCUUCGGUGUUUGUCUUUAGUCAGUCAUUUAAUCACAUUUCCAAAGCGUGAACAAUGUGACAUAGGGAAAAGGGCUUCUAUACCUAUGAAGCUGACUAUUAUUCACAAAUUGUUGAGGAAAAUCGAAUUGUUAGAUACUUAUGUAGGCGAGUAUUGGUAUUAAAAACUAAAUGGAUGGGAAAAUAUUUGAGUUUUCACCUUUAGUACAAUGGAUAUAUUUUAUAUCUAUUUUAUACAAAAGAGGGCUGAAAGUUACAACACGGAACACUAACCACGCUACCGUGGCUCCCACCUGUCAGUUUUUUAUUUCUAAAUACGGCAUUAUAAGACUUAAUUACCGUAUAAGUUUUUAAUUAGAACUCCUUUAUUGUAUGUAGGCAUAUUUUCAAUUGUAGAAAGAAUUCUCUUAUUUAUUCUAAUUUGUAUUUAGACUAUUUAGUUUUAGUUUUAGACUGGUAGAUGCUCUGUCUCUGUCAUGUAUGAGUAAUAAUGUUCUUCUUUAAUGAGAAAUCACGUAGUUUACAUUGAUAUAUUGAAUACACAAUUAAUAAUUAUUAUCAUUGUCUUUCUCUUUGGCUGCGUGAUUCAUGCGGAUGUAGUUAUCGUGAACCGUUGUUAUAUUUCUAUUGUUUUUAGGUUACAAACAUUCCUUAUGUAUUGAUGUAAUACAUACUUGUACCAAGUCACCUCUGAAAUGUAAUGGCAAACAUGUUGAUAUUAGAAAGUUAUCCUCACAUUGUUUUUAUUUCAAUUGUGAAAAUUUUGUGAUUUAUGUAUUAAUUGUUAUUGAUUAUUUAUUUUUGCGAAAUGAGGAUAUUGUACUUUAUUUCUAAAGGGCUUUGCGCAAAAAAUUGUUUACAAAAUUCACAACCCAUUAACACUAGCGUCAGUGAAAGAUCGCAGUUACAGAUUGUAAAAUACAUUUCAAUUUAUAGUUGCGAACAUCUUUGCCAAUCAGCCAUAACGAUUAUCAUGAUCGACAUUAUCAAUUGAUUCGAUGCACCAUUUAAUUAUGGUGCGAACCGAACCGAACAGCCGAUGAUAUCAAUCAGCUGCUUCACUAAAGAACCGCUAAACGUGAACACUGAAGUUAAUUGAUCAUGUAAUUGCACUUACUGCCGCACUCAUAGAUAUUUAAUGACUACUUAAACUAUUCGUUAGUAACGAUUUUGUAAUUGCUAAGGAUUGGGUUUAGUAACCAUUAAAUGUAUCUGUAUGGCAGUUAAUAUUGCCUGAGAACAUAUUAUGGGACUUUUUUAUAUCGCUGGCUCCGUUUGCUUGUAUGGGUAAAACAAAAGUAAAAAAAUUAUAAUUGGAAUUUUCCUUCCUUCCUAAUGUCAGAUCGAUCUGAUAUUUGGUACACACUCUUAAUAUUGAUGACAUACAAUGUAAUAUUUUUUUUUCACAAUACAUACCUCCGUUAUGUAUAACUAACGAAAGGGCUUGAUUGGUAGAAUAGGGCUCAUUGUAUUAACAUAAACAUAUUUUUAUGCUGUAUUACUUGUUAUUAGUCUUCGUUCUUGCACAGACUCGAAUACCAGGUAACUACGAAACAACAUCUAUUUUUAAGUUAUUCCACUUUUUGCCUUUACUGUUUACUAUAAUGUGUGCCAGAUAUCUUUGAACCCAUCUCUUCAAUAUCAGAUAUACGAAACUGGUUUAUUGUGCUUAAAUUAAUACAUAGCGUUUUAUAUCAGCCAAUAUUUUAUAAUUAAACUGUUAAUAUUCAGCAAAAUAAUCUUUGUAUACGGUUUACGAGUAUGUCUUUUAAAAUGUUAAUAGUUUUCACGCCAUACAGGAAUAAUAUUUAGUUGAUAUAGAUUGGUACUGCAUUUGUCAAUAUUUUUUUUAAGAACUAAUGACUAUGUACUUAGCUGAGUGAAGACACGAGCGAGUACUAACCUUUUUUGACUUUGAAAUCGUAAUGCCUUUGUCAUAUUUUUUUUCACAAGUGAGUAUGAAAUUGUACCUAAGUAAACAAAGUUUUAUAUGUAUGUUGAAUGUUUACCGCGGCUGUAAAUAAAGGCGUUUAAACAUAUAAUACAUAAUGUAUUUAGGUGACAGAAUUAAUUUCACAUACGUUACUUUGUUGUCAACAAGGGUAUGAUAUUUUUUGAUGGACAACAAAGAAUCAAAGAGACGGUUGAAAUGAAAGAUUCCCAAAGAUGUGCUACAGUAGGUAGAUAUACAAAUAUGUUAAGAAGGAUGCGACACAGGUCGUACCCUGAGCAUGCCUUUAUUGAAUAAACAAAACUACUGUUUAUUGUCCCAAUGGCGACAGUUUGCAUUAUAAAAGAAUUAAAAAGAAACAUACAUUAUAAGUUUUUAAAUUGACAUAGUAACUAACAUGUGAUAGUAAACAUUCAUUACUUAUCUUGGGAACGAUAUAUGUGAGUUUUAAAACUGAAAUUUAGUUAAAAGAGAAUUAAAUAAGAAAGUUGGAUAUUACAAUGAUGAUAUUUUUGUAAUUGUGUAUUUCUUACUAGCCUAAAACCUUUGUGCCUUAUAAUUAAUUUGCAAUUUUUAUGUUAAAAAAUUGCUGGUUAAUAAAGUUUUGUACCUGUGUCCUGCUAGGCUAUUCUGUAACUUUCAUUUCGAAAGAUAGAAGUGAAUCACAAUCGCGGUCCGCGAUGUCAUUGAUUGUGGGAAGAAGAGAGGCGAGAAUGCGUUCGAGCUCACUUCAAAAGUUCGAAUUGACAGUUAUACAAUAACUAGCUAAACUGUGUCUGCAGUAUUAUGAUGUACUUUAAAAUAUAUGAGACAAAACUA